UCAUCUUCGUUUCAGCUUUCAUGGUCCCUUUUAAAUUUGCCAUCGAUAGCAGAUCAGUGAGAGCCUGAGAGCGAGGAAAACCGCACUCACCUGUAUCAGAAAAAUGGCAGCUCUGCCUUUUGUUCUCCUUCUGUUAGCUCUUCCUCCAGCCACUGCGCUCUCUUUGGAAAUCCGCUAUUACAGGUAUUCAUGUCCCAGAGCAGAGAUAAUUGUAAAGCGAGUAGUCGAGAAGCAUUUUCAACAAGAUCCAUCUGUUCCUGCUGGCCUACUUCGCCUGCACUUCCAUGACUGCUUCGUUCGAGGAUGUGAUGCUUCCGUUCUUGUUGACAGCACCCCAGGCAAUGUUGCUGAGAAAGAGUCUCCCCCUAACCUGACCCUGCGAACGUUCGAUGUGAUCGACGAUAUCAAGGCCGAGCUGGAGAAGGAAUGCAGCGGAGUAGUGUCUUGUGCAGAUAUUUUGGCGCUCGCGACGAGAGAUGCGGUAGCACUAUCAGGAGGUGCAGCUUAUGCCCUGCCCACGGGCAGGCGAGAUGGCACCAUUUCAAGGGCCGCAGAUGUGCAACUGCCAAGUCCAUCUUCCUCUGUUGAGACAGCCGAAGCUGACUUCAGGAGCAUCAAUCUGGAUUUGGUGGAUCUCACUACGCUACUCGGUGCUCAUGGUGUUGGAUUCUGCCAUUGUUCACUGGUUACCACCAGGCUCUACAACUACCAAGGCACCGGCCUAUCGGAUCCGAUAAUGGACCCUGCCAUGCUUUCUAGUCUCAAACAAAAAUGCCCACCUGAAGUCGUGCUGCCCAGCAACAUAACCAGAGACACCAGGAUUUUCUUGAACCAAGCAACGUCUAAACCCUUCUUCCUUGAUACCUCAUUCUAUCAAGGUUUGUUCAGCGAGAAGGCAGUGCUUGAACUAGAUCAAGGAUUGGCCUUCACGGAUGUCACCAGCAAGUUGGCUGCAAGAUAUGUGAGGAGGCCAAAGAGGUUUGUUCACCAAUUCUCGAAGUCAAUGAUCAAGCUUGGUUAUGUGGGGGUGUUAACAGGAGAAGAGGGAGAGAUCAGGCUCGACUGUAGAAAAGUGAACAAUGGCACACAAACAACUUUGUCUUAA